CUCCUGUGUGUCUCUCUACUGAUCGUAUUUAUUCAUCUUCACAGUGAUCUUCCAGAGAAUCGGUAGAGGACAUUGUGGCAGUGGCCCAAAUCGUGGCCUGACCUUUAUUCCGUGGCACAGGGGGACCUUCCUGUGACUGGCAGGAUGCAGAGUAGCGAAAGAAGCACCCGUUCCUCCAAGAGACAUGUUCUUGAGCCAACACCAAACCGUGAGCCCCCGAACACGACACCAGACAGCGGGCAGUACAUAUGCAUCGAGUGCAGUGAAACGUUCAACAAUAAGCUGGAGCUGAACUCUCAUCGUCAGAGUCAUGUGACCAAAAAGCAGUUCACGUGUUCCCAUUGCGGGAGAGGAUUCCACCACCAGUUCUUCUUACAAAUGCAUGAGAGAAGCCAUGAAGAUGGGAUCUCCCGCACGCUGAUGACUAAGCCUUCUACUAGUCGUGUCAUGUCCACUAGGAGCAGAAAGCCAUUGCCCGAAGCCGAUAUUAUUCACGUCACGGCUUCCCCCUCCAGGUCUGUCUAUCACCUCAACUCCAAAGUAGAAUUCAAGAAGGAAUGGAAAAGCAACCAAAAUGUCACCCCCACCGAAUGUGUGACGAGGCGCACCCAAGGGACCUAUACUCCUGCCCACCAGAGAACAGACGGCUCUGACAAGAAUGCACAGUUUGAGUUGAGAAUAUCUAAGCUUUCUGACAGCAGUGUACAUCUUAUUGACCCUUACGGAAAUACCCUGGAGAUCUUGGCUGAGGUCUUUAACACUUACACCAUCGGGGAAGCUGAGGAAGAGGAUGAGAGUGUGAGCACCAGCAGUGAGUCCAGGCCCUCCGAUAUCCCUGAUGCACCCCCCUCCAGUACUGUCCAUCCUGAUAAGGUAGACGAGAUGGAGACUCUUUCUUCAUCUCCAGCAGAAGUAUCUGAACCCAGUGAGACCAUAUACCAUGAUGCCAUGUGUGGUGUCCCGUCUGUCUCCAGUCCCAGCAUCUCCCCUAAGACCUUGCCUGAUCUUGGUGAUGAUUCAGAGGACGUUCUCCCCCAACAGAUGUUUUGUGAAGAUGUAGUCAAGCAACCAGACACUGAAACUCCCAAGAAUUCUACUGAGCUGGAAAGUCUUCCAAAAAAUGCUGAAGACUCCAUGAUAACUUGUGAUGAACAGGCGGCUCCAAAAGGUCCUGUCGUAGGAGAAUUGACUGUGUGUAACAAUGAACUCUCUGUAGUCACCGGUCAGACUCAGGACGCUUCACUGAAGGUUGCCGUUCAAGAUGACCCUAGCUCUGUGGAAAAUUCUGAGGUGUUACGGGGUGAAGAUCUCCACAAAGAGGAUGAUUCUCCUAAACCUACUAUACAUGUUGACCACCAGGAACAAGAUGGCAGUGUUUCCUCUCUCCCACCAGUAACAGAGAGUCCAUCCGUGACUGUUUCACAGGACGUGAGUGAAGAUAAAGAUCAGUUGGCUACAUUGUGUGCAGAGGAUAGUAACCAGCUUAAAAGCGAUCAAGAGACAAGUCUGCCGGAAGCUGUUACCGAACACAACAUAAAAGAAAAAGGUCUGGAAGGGUCUGAAGCAGAAGCGUCGCUCGCCAGUCUAGAUAAAGUGCAAGAGGUAACUAUGGAAGUUGACAGGACAGAGCCACAAACGCCAGUCACAGAAUCACAUGAGCAUCAUAAAGAGGGCGUCCACGUGUCCUCCACUGAAGAUCAUGACCAUGCCCUCCACCCUGACCCCUCUACUGUCUGCGACACCCCUAUAGAUAAUAUAAAUGUUGCCCCAAAAGAUGGGAGUGAUGGGAAUGAGGCUGCUUCCAAGAGUGAACUGGAGCCGGAUCUAAGUGACGCCAGUGUUUGUAGAUUGGAUGGAGGAGUCCAUGAUCAGGCACCUAGCCCCCUGCCUCCUGACGAUGUCUGCGCUUCAGAGCCCCUAAAUAUAACAAGCGUGGUGAUGUCUCCUGACCAGAGACCCAUGAACUCAUCAGAUCAUGAGGAAAGACCUGAAAAAAGAGAUGACUGCAAGAAAGUCCUCAGUUUAUUGGACAAGCAAGAUACAGAGUCUGUCAUGUCUGACACUUUAUCACCAAUUGCCGGUGAUGCAAUGUUUGAAACACAGACUUCACCAGAACAAGUUCCAGAAACAAUGGGGGACGGUGGUGAAAUUGACUAUGAAAAGACUGAUGAUCUGCUCAUUGAUAACCUUUCACAGAAGAAUGAUCACAGCUCAGAGCCCAGUCCAGUCACUGACCCCAGGGAGAGUCCACUACUUCACCACAUCCAACCUCCAGGAGACAGUAAUGUCAAACAAGAUGUGAACUUAUCAGACAACAAGGUGAUGGACAAUGUCACCUCCUCAGCUGUGAAACAGUCUACUGAGAAUGAAGAGACAGAGGGGGGCGAUUCAGGGGUGACCCCUGUAGAGGCAGCUUCUCCUACACAUACAGAAAAUACAAUUGAUAAAUCCUCAUCUGAGGACAUCUCUAUGCAGGUCAACCAAUGUGAUGAUGUAGAGAAGAUUUCAGCAGUGGAGUCCAGUGAAAACAACCCAUCCAGUCUACUGGAGUCUGGGGCAUUGACUUCUACAGAUGAUUUACUGCCAAUUGGUGAGGAAGAUUUAUCUUUAACAAAUAACACAGAAAGUCGAGGUGUUUCCUUCAAUGUGCCGACCCUGGAAAGCAUCACAUCUGCUUUUGUCAAGGCUCAAGAACUUGUCUUAUCUCAGGAAACUACAACUACAGAGCAAGACCCUGCAGUAAGUGUGACCAGUGAUGAGAAGUUUGGAAGCUCCAAACCUAUAGAUGACUUGUUGCUCCAGAAAUUGGAGGGUGAAGAUUCAGGGACAACUCUGUCUCUUCUGGAACCGGCUUUAGCUUUGUCUCCUGACAUCGAGGACUUGUCUGAGAAAUGUUUGCUGAGCAGUGAUGAUAUGAAAGAUCUCACAGAAUGUGACAUUGAGAAGAACCUGUCCUUUGAGGAUCCACAGAAGCAGUACAUUCAGAUGUCUAACGCUGAUCUCACUGAAAACGACCUGUCCGAUGAUUUUGUUGCUUCUGGGAGUAUUUUACUUGAUGCUCCGAGUCUGGAAGAAACCACUAAAGAGGACGACAUCUCUGCAGUCUCUGUGGAGGGUGAGGGGACAUUGCAUGAGCUAUCAGACAUGCUCUCACCGGAAAUUCAAGAAAGUGAGGUUACAGAGAGCCAGGAUGACAAACUUCUAAGUGGCGGAGGCCCAUGUUUGAAAUGUGGGCGACGGGUCAGACGAGGUAGAAAAGAGCUGGUUUGGUUUCCCAUCUGCUAUAAGUGCCGGUUGAAGGUAAAACGUGAGGAGCGCCAUUCCGGUGAAGGUACCUCACCAGACUUCUCAAACUUCCUUAUCAAGCAGGAGGCGGACUCUGCGCAGGAUAAUGCCAUUUAUAGGACUGUUAAACCUGGUCACAAUAUACAUUCAAUUAAGCAAGAAUCUGCCUCCCUACUCCGAAAAAUGUAUAAAUGUCCAAAAUGUGUGAAAUCCUUCAGAAUCCCAUCGCUGCUCGCCAGUCACAUGAAAUGUCAUACGUUACCGCAGUGUUUGACCUGUGGAUGCCCAUUGACACUUGACAAAACCAAACGCAUUCCCAAGAGUUGCCGCAAAUGUGUCCAGAAGAUCAAGCAGCAGAAGAAAGAGCCCCGGGCCCUAUGUGCUGCGGGGGACGAGGAGGAGGACAGUCUGGAUUCUGACAGUGGAUCUCUGUCUGCUGACGAAGCAGAUCUACAGAGCCUGACCGAUGAUGAUGAACCCAGUCCAAGCUCUACUGAGAGAGAGGAAACUAUGCCAGGAAGUGUUAUGAGAGGAACCAAAUCAUUCCACUCUAAAGUCAUGAGAAAGCGUAAGAUGAAUCCUGCUAAACAUGCCCUGUACUGUACCUGUGAUGUCGUCUUAAAGAGUGGAGCAAGACAACCAAAGAUUUGUAAGAACUGCCAAAAGCCAGUCCAAGAUCGACUGGUCACCUUCUCUAAAGCAAGCCUUAUAGAGGGCUGUCAUACUGUAGGGGGCAAACAGUUAAAGACCAAGAAGCGGCCUCUAUUGGAGCCUGACCAAGAGAACAUGCUGCUAGGUGACUCUUCACUGAGCCAUGAGAACAAGCUGAGUCCUGAUGAUGACGACGGCAAUGAUGAUGAGUUCUGUAACGAAGAGAUUGAGUCUUUUACUGAAUUAAAUAGGAGUGACCAGUCAGCCCCCCCAGAUGGUGAAAAACCACGUCUAUGCCCGGAGUGUGGCAAAGUAUUUAAAUGCAAUCGGUCUCUGAAUCUUCACCUGUUGAGUCAUUCGGCCACACAGUGCGAAUCCUGCGGUUGUCGUCUGCAGAAAAAGAAGCGUGCGGGACGCUGGUCUAAGAGGUGUCGUGUCUGUAGACUCCUCACCAAAGAUAAAGGACUUCCUGACAAUGCCAUAGAAGAUGAGCUUCAAAGUGAUAAGAUCCCCAAGGAGAAGAACGUGGCUUCUGUCCGACUGAAGAUGAAACGGGCAAAGGCAGUGAGAAGUAAAAUCAAAUCUGCUGCCAAACUCAAGAAAGAACUCAACUGGAUGAACAUGCUUUUGGCUGUGAAAGGUCUGACCCAAAAACCCAGAAAAAAGAAAGUACAGGCUAUAAAGAGUGCAAGGGAAGAGAAGUCUGGUUAUGGCUCAGAACCUGCUGAGGAGUCCGAGGCCUAUUCAAGUUCUGAGGAGAAAACCAGUCUUCUUAAAGGUCUUUCUACUCCUUCCAAGUGUGACCCUGGGCCUUCAGAGCUGCAUGUCCGUCAGAAGAAACUAUUGGGUGGAGUAUCGAAAGCCAAUAAGAAGUGUAUGUAUAGAGAGAAGAACAUUAUAAAGGUGGAGGAGCAGCAGCUGCCCCCGUAUAGUGAUGAUCCAUUGGGUACUGCAGUAUCUGUGAAAGAGGAGGAAGAAAACCAGUGUUUAGAAUGUAAUGAAAUUUUUCCGAACUUUGAUCUUCUGCUCGAUCAUCAGAAAGGUCAUUUUGAGGGCCAACCAUUCACAUGUUCACAGUGCCCUCAGAGCUUCUCUACAGAGCAGUAUUUGAGUAUUCACAUUAGUGCCCAUGCUGAAGGUCCUCCUUUCCGCUGCCCAGAGUGCAAUAAAACCUUUACUCGAAGGAACCACCUUGGAGUACAUAGACGUGUGCACACAGGGUCACGACCCUACGCUUGCCCUGAUUGUUCAUGCAGAUUUCGACAGAGGGGCAGCCUGAUUAUUCAUCGGUAUACACACAGGAACAUUCAACUCAUGAUGCUAAAACCAUAUCAGUGUUCAGUAUGUAAUAAAAGCUUUAAACAGAAGGAAAGGCUGGUCAUACAUGAACGCCUCCACACCGGGGAAUGCCCAUUCUCAUGUAAGGACUGUGACAAAGUGUUUCCCAGUAAGUCAAGGCUCUACGUACAUCGUAAGAUGCACAAAGUCCCUGAAGCUUCAUCUAGUGCAGAGCAGAAUGCAAGCUGUCAAGAAGAGUCAGAAGGUCCACCUUUCCAGUGCAAGGACUGUGAAAAGAUCUGCUCCACCAAGGCAAGCUUUGUUCUUCAUCGUAAGAUUCAUAAGUCUUCAGCUGUACUUGACCAGAGCAGCAGCAACAUGGAGAACCAAGAAGGGACCACAAAUGAGAUGCCAUCAACCUCUGAGGAGGAUCUUGGCAUAAAGACCGAACAGGAGGGAAAUCCUUUUAGUUGUAACGACUGUACCAGGGUUUUCUCUACCAAGGCCAGUUUUGUCCUUCAUCGUAAAGUGCACAGUUUGGGUCAGAAUAGUCAAUUUGUGUGUAAAGACUGUGGUAAAGUUUGCUCCACCAAAGCUAGUCUUGUUCUUCACCGUAAGGUGCACAAGUCUCCAUUGAUGUCUGACCUCAAAGCAAAUAUUGGAGAUCCCCCUUACAUCUGCAAGCUUUGUAAAAAAGUCUGUUCUACCAAGGCCAGUUUUGUACUUCAUUGUAAAGUGCACAAAGUAUUGUCUGGCAGCGAAAAGAUCCUUAAGACGACCAUGGAGCAGAAAUCCUUCCUUUGUAAAAAAUGUGGGGUUGUCUGCUCAACCAAAGCCAGCUUUGUCCUACAUAGAAAGAUACACAGAUCCUCACCUAACCUUGAGCAGAAAGAUGGAACUGGGCCACAUCCUUUCACAUGCAAGGACUGUGGGAAAGUGUGCUCCACCAAGGCUAGUUUUGUUCUUCAUUGUAAGGUACACAAAGUAGUCCCAGACGGUGACCAGAGCUCAGUCCCUCAGGCCGAUGUGGAAGAGAAGCCUUACCAUUGUAAAGAAUGUGGCAAAAUCUAUUCGACUAAAGGCAGGCUUUUGUCCCACAUGAAACUACACGCUGAUCUGGAAACGUCUGCUGAGGGCGAGCAGCUGCUAAAUAUAGACGCAGAGGAAAAGCCUUUCGCCUGUCCCAUAUGCCACAUGAGGUUCACACGUCUGAAGAUUCUCGUCCGUCACAAGCUCAUCCAUGGGGAAGACGUCUUCAGGUGUGGACAUUGUGGAAAGAGAUUCUUGUUUCAGAAAUCCCUUAUGAAUCAUGUACCAGUCUGUCUGAAGAGGACCAAGGGGAAAGCCCUUCUGGGGAAAGAUAAGGUCCCGAAGAAGAGGAAACUUAAAGAUGGUAAUGAAGAGAGUGCCCCGAAGAAGAGGAAAUACGAGCACAAGAAAGCUGUGACUGCUGCGCAAAAACUAAAAAAUAAAAAGCUAAUGAAAGUUAAGAAGCUGGCAGCAAAUAAGGAGAAAACUAAACUGAAGAACAUCCAGGAGAAGAAGCUGAAGAAACCAAAGGGAGAAGCUGAGCUGGAUCCAGAGGCCGCGGGGGAGAAUGACGGGAAACAAGAGAGACCUCUGGAGAUUGGGACCAAGGAGAGCGGGAAAGAGAAGAAACCUAAAGAUGGGGCCAAAGUGAAGAAGAUUCUGAAGAAAGUGCCACAGAAGCGGCAAAAGGUUAGUAGUGAAAGCCUAAAGAAGUGGAGGAUGAUUGCUGCCGCCACCGUCAAGAAGAGGAAACUUCAGGCUGUUAUUAGUGGAGGGAAGAAGAAUGCCACCAUGAAGAAGAAAGCUCCAAGUAAGACCAAGACAGGGGGGAAGAGCAGCAAGGAUUAAGGAGGACCUACCGCUCCUCCACGUGAUACAUAACAGUGUUUUUAAUCUCAUCAUAAUUAUCGAGCCGUUAACUUUGUAAUGUUGUAUUUUAAUAAAAAUCAUUGA